CCGAUCAGGAGGGAGUGCGGAAGUGAAAAGAAGAAACAUUCAGGCUGACAUCAACAUGUCAUGACUGUCGUGAUUGAAUGAAGUACUGAUAUAGACAGUGGAAAAUUGCGGCAAAAUGGGUAGCUUUAACAUCCUUGACAUGGCCUUGACUGCUGCCAAAACAGAUGAAGAAAAACGAGAGAUUGUGCUCAAAUAUCUGGAGAAAAAAUGCAAUCCUGAAGAACGAACAAUUGUCCAAGAUUUUCCGGAGGGUCUUGAGUGGUUCAACACAAAGGAACCAUUGUCUUUGCACCGUGACUUGAGAGGCAAGCUCGUGGUUCUUGAUUUCUUCACCUACUGCUGCAUUAACUGCAUGCAUAUCCUGCCUGAUCUCGAGGUCCUGGAAGAAAAGUUUCCGGUCAGCGAUGGACUGGUCGUCAUCGGUGUUCACUCGGCCAAGUUUGAGAAUGAGAAGACGUCGGCAAACGUACUUAAUGCCGUGUUGCGUUACGACAUUGCUCACGCUGUUGUGAAUGACCACGAGGCCGUGCUGUGGAAUGCUCUGGAUGUGCAGUGCUGGCCCACGCUGGUGCUGGUUGGCCCCUCCGGAGAGUACCUCCUGCCGAUCAUUGGGGAGGGCAACCGCAAGAAGUUGCUCCUGAUCUGCGAGGUCACCAUGGCAUUUUUCAGAUCCCGUGGAGAGAUUGUGGUUGAUGCGGAGCUACCGAUGCUCGCCCUGUUGAAGGACACCCUGCCCGAUUCGCCGCUCCUUUUCCCAGGAAAGAUCGUCAUCGAUGGCCAAGGUAACAAUUUAGCGGUGGCAGAUAGUGGCCACCAUCGCAUUCUGGUGACCUCGCAGGAGGGGGUGGUACUUCACUGCAUCGGUGGGACUGAGAAGGGCUUUGUGGAUGGAUCUUUCCGCAAAGCGCGGUUCCACUCGCCACAAGGUAUGGUGUGGAAGGAUGAAAUCAUUUACCUGGCUGACACGGAGAACCACGCUAUCAGAAAGAUUGACCUAAAGGCUGGGGCAGUCACUACCAUUGCGGGUACAGGGGUGAUGGGAGACUACAAGUGCCAGUGGGGAGGGGCUCCAGGCCCUGAGCAGGUGCUGAGCUCCCCUUGGGAUGUGUGUCUAGGGGGACCGGAUGACAGCAUUCUCUUCAUCGCCAUGGCUGGGAGCCAUCAGAUCUGGGGUUUAUUCCUGCGAGAUAGUAAAUGGCUCAAAAAUGUUGAUCACAAGGCACAGGUCUGCAUGCUGUAUGCCGGCUCUGGCAAAGAGGAAAACCGCAACAAUGCCUACCCCAGGAAGGCCGGCUUUGCCCAGCCCUCCGGCUUGGUCAACCCCCAUGUGGAGUACUUGAACUGCAUGUUCGUGGCCGACAGUGAGAGCAGCAGCAUACGCGGCGUGUCGCUGAAAGACGGCGCAGUCCGAGGGGUUGUUGGUGGGGAUUUAGACCCCAUGAACCUGUUUGCAUUUGGUGACGUUGACGGCAGUGGACGCGAUGCUAAGUUACAGCACCCAUUGGGCCUAGCAUGGAACCCUCUCAACCAACACCUGUAUGUUGCCGACUCUUACAACCACAAGAUCAAAGUGGUAGAUCCGGUGCAAAAGUCCUGCACCACCGUGGCAGGCAGUGGCAAGCCUGGGAGAGUGGAUGGUUCCAUUCUGGCCGAGGUGGAGUUCAACGAGCCUGGUGGGCUUUGCGUUUCACCCACCUUCAACAAACUCUAUGUUGCAGACACCAACAACAAUGCCAUCAGAGUGAUGGAUUUGAGAGACCAAACUGUCCAAGAGCUGAAAAUAAUUUUUCCAUCUACAACUCAACCACCAACCACCGAACUAGACUCAAUGUCAUUGUCAGGACAGCCAAUCAAAUCCGCCAUUUCUGCUGGCUCUCCCGUCGUCUCUUGUCCUGUGCUUGACGUGACCCCAGGGGGCACUGUUUGUAUACAGCUGACCGUCAAGCUGCCUGCUGGCUGCAAGUUGACAAAGGGCGCCCCCACUGCCUGGAUGGCGUACAUUAAGGACACCGCCAACCUGGUCUUUGGCAAGACGCCCAUUUCCAGCUUUGACACUCCGCUUGCUCAUCGAUGGACAGUACCCUCUACAGCAUUUGCCGCUGGCGAUGCAAUUCUGCGCAUCGAGGUAGUUGUCUGCUACUGCGAGAUGGAUUCUGGGACAUGUCACAUGACAGCGUUAGCCUUUGAGUCACCACUAAAGGUUAAAUCCUCAGGGGCAAAAGGUGAUGUAAACUUGACGAUAGAGCAUGAUAUGUGAAAAAGUGGCAUGGGAAUAACACUCAUGGGCAGAAUUCCCCUUACUUGUACAGCCGUUGUGUUGAUUUGCCCUCGUUUCUUUUGGCCAGCUUGUUUACUACUGCUCUCUCUUAACAAGUACGUUUGAGACUUCAGAAAUUUAGUCAUAUCGAUCAGACCAGAAGAAAAGACCUUUUUUGUAAUCUUGACUUGGGACUGUUCCAAUGGUCAUUCUAAAUUUUGUUGGGGUGGAAUUUCUUUGGACAGAAUUCAGUAGAAUCUCAGCGGUGGUGUCAGAGUUGAUUUACGCUGGAUCCCCUUCACUGCACUCUAGCUAAACCACUCUGCUCAGCCGUAACUUUCUUGCUUAGCGUGUGUAGGAGGUAGAGUCAUUUAUAUUCACAGUACCGACACAGCCAACAUCACAGACUUCUGGUUUCCAGAGUGCACCUCUGCCAAGUUACAGCCAACCCUCACAUUUCACUGGAAACAACUGUAAAAUGUAUACAACCCCGUUCCUGCAAUUCGGGGAUUUCAGACGUAGAAAUUAUUUUUUUUGCACUAAUAAUAAGCACCAUUUUUGAUCCACCCUUCCGAACAUUAUUUUGAGUAAUACCCAAGGCACAAUUGUUUUUGGCGUAACUUUAAACUGUUGGAAAUUGUGUGGACUUUUUCAAUAAUAAAUUGCUUGGUUUAGUACCAUACAGACUUUAUGGAAGAUUUUCCACAUUGCUCCUGAAUAACCACUACUAGGGUACCAUCUCCGACACUUUUCUACCAAAAAUGAAGUUCGCCCCUGGUAUGGGGACGAUCUAUGACUACCGACUCAAACUGCAAGUAAAAGAACGUCUCUGUGGUCAGUGUUGGUACUCUUACUGUAGGAGAAGGACCAAAGUUUGAGUUAAGUGUCUCCUCGUGCACCAGAGAGCCGAUUCUGUGACAAAUCAAAGGGCAGUUGGGGAUUAAUCACUCGUGUAACCAAAUAAAUAGGCAAGGUGUCAAAUGGCUGGUAAUGUUUACACUCGCGCAUUUAUUGUCUUCAGUAUAACACAAUGCAGCUGUGGUGUAUUGCAAAACCGCCCUCAGAAACCGUUCUCCCCCUGGUCACUCUCCAAACAAGAGAGGGCGCUCUUCGCUCAGACUACACACUAUCGUAAUAAUGGUGCAUUAUUAUAUAAUUAAUCAGUCAAACAACAAUACCACCCCACUCACACAUUGAAUAAAGUUGACAGAAAAAAAUCACUAAAAGCUACCAGAGCUUGAUAUACCCAAUAUAUAAAUGCUAUUUUCUGUCCUUUGUUAAUUGCGUUAAUGUUAAAACUCAAGACAAUCUCCUUGGAAUUUGUUCUGGCCUAAUAAAAUACUAAUCGUCAAUGAUUUGGUAUGUGCAAUCUAGCAAACUUAUCUGAGAAAACCCAUAUCUCAUUGGUUUUGGGAAAAAACAAUUUUCAUAUAUGGUCCAAACGAGGUCGGGCCAGCUGCCGCUGGCUUUCACAGCCCACCUUGACUUGACCUUUUCUCCCCAAAAUAAAAAGAAUUUGAUAUCAGGGAAGGUAGGAAAGUCCAAAGCAGUGGUCUGACUGCUGAGUUCGAACUAUUUUUCCCUUGGAAAAUUUAACCUCUUUCAAAUCACUGUUUCUGGUUAUGAUGAUGCAGUAGCAGGUGUCUUUGCCUUUUUGGUUGAUAUGUUGAGUAUGCGACAAAAAAGAGAGUCCCUUCGCCAAACUGAGCCACAGUGGUGUACCCCACUCUUUACCUGACCAAAUCAUUGCCCAAAGUUUACUGUGACAACCUGUUAGAAGGUUUGUUUUGUUUCUAGAGGAUUUUCAACAAGUGAAAAGUAGCACUUAUUUAUAAUCAUCCUUUUUUACUGCUAGAGUAAUUGGUCCAUUACAUGAGUGAAAAGAAUCAUACAGGACCUACUGAACUGAACAUGGGGAGAAAAUGGAAUUACAAAACCAAAACUAAACUGAGGAAUUUAAUAUAUAAUGGUGUUACAUGUAUCCGUCUAAUUUCUCAUUGCUUUGUUAGGAAACUAAUGGCAAAAACAAGAAAGAAAAAAAAGAAGCCAAAAGUAUGCAAUGCCACCCUGAAUACAGGCUGCUAAAUAUAUGCAAAAUAUGCAAAUACAAGGUUAUAAUGUUACACAAACAUGGCUCUGAUUGGUCAGCUCUUUAGCACAAUCCAUACUCUAAAAUGCAAAGUACAUGUACAGUAAAAUCCCACAUGCUUCGUAACAGUCCUAUACUGCAGAGGUUAUUGUGUGUACAACAUACAUUGCUCUGGAUACUUUAACACUGGCCCGUUACAACCACUCAAAAACAUAGACUCUGCCAUAUUUCUGUAUCCUUCAUUCCUAAUCUAGUGGGUCAGCUCAUUCCAAUACAACAAGCAUUGACAUCUUUGACAUUUAAAUAUCUUGGUUCUGAACUAUGGGAACCGCCAAUGUGUGUUAGCCGGAUGUGCAAGGAAAAUGAACAUCUUGAUGGUACCCCGAUCAACACAAUGUGGUCAGUUCACUUAUCAACGAAAGAGGAACAUACUAAUUCAGAUCUGUGUGUGUCCCAUAAAUGCGAACAUCAUGGUGUUGGCUAACUUCACUCAUCGAAAUAUUCUACCACACCAGUGAAAAAAAAAAAGUCUGAAAUACAUAAUCAACAUGGUCAACCAUUUCAAAUGGAAUAUACAAAGUUGAGAAACUGUAAACUGCGUACAAAUUGUGGAGUAUUAUAUCAUAUCUGGCUGGUAUAUGCUCAAACUUUAAACCCACAAAACAUCAAAAAAACAAAACCAACUUUGCAUGAAACAUUUGUUUUGACAAACUUCCCCUUUUUGGCUCAUUUUAAUUCAGUGACAUUAAUAUGAUUCAGAAACUAGUGAAAUACUAAGAAUACUGAAGCGGUAAUGCAUGCAAGCUUGGGACAAAGGUACCCCAGAGUUUUUCCUUUUUUCCACUCUGUUUUCUUUUUUUCCAUUUAAUAUACAGUACUGCGUGCUAAGUCUCUUAUAAUAGAUAUAUAAAAACUAAUAUGCUUAUUACAUUUUCAUUCACAGGGAAUUUCCUAAAAGACAUAUUAUGGUAUUUAGUAGGAGAAAUUAAUCCGGUUAAAAAAUAUACUGGAAAAAGUUCCACGCAUUUCUGGCGGAAAAAUUUUGUAACACUUCACGGCAUCAAUGCUUUUUCAGAAUGCAACCAAGUUCACGGUGACCAACACUAUAUCCCUUGGGAACCACACCAAGAUGGCUGAUGGGAAGGUUGUGCCCCAAAAUGCAGCCACAUAUGGGAAGCCUGUGGCUAUCAGUCUCUUCCUAUAGAUUGACAUGUUACUACCAGCCACAGCCAGUUGAUUUGGACAUGGCUAAUUCUUGCCAGAGGGUGGCAGCAAACAUCAAUGGGGCAUACUCGGCAAAUGCACUUGGCACGGAAAC